UCCUCCUAUACAGUGAUACAGACCUUCCUUUUCUUUCCCACAAAGUUUUGACCUUUACCACCAAUUCAGUCCUGAUCCUGCCUCUCCGGGACAUGGAUGACAUCAAGGGCAACCACCUGCGCUUUUAGUAAUAACUUCUGUUUAAAUCUUCUAACUGUCACUUCAGCUGAAUUUCAUUCUUCAGCCUGAUGUCACAUGUGAGAGUUCAGAAGUUCCCAAUCAAUUACAAGUCCUCGGGAGCAAGGAAGCUCACUUAACUAGCUUCAUUGCUCACUAUUCUUAUUUUGUGGAAUGCUGGGCUACAGAGUAACUCCAUUUUUGGCUUCACGAUGGUAUGGAAACUUCUCUGACUCCUUAAGUAUUCUGGCAACUCACAGGCAUUCCCGUGAUGUGGCUGUUUUUAACAACAACCUGCUUGAUGUAUGGAACUUUAAAUGCUAAUGGAUUCUUUAAUUUGGAAAAUGAAGCAAAUCCAGAAGUGUGGAUGAAUAUCAGUGAAAUCAUCACCUACAAUGGCUACCCCAGUGAAGAGUAUGAAGUCACCACUCAGGACGGGUACAUACUCAGCAUCAACAGAAUUCCCCACGGGCAAAGCAACACCAAGAGCACAGGUUCCCGGCCAGUUGUGUACAUGCAGCAUGCCCUGUUUGCAGACAAUGCCUACUGGCUUGAGAAUUAUGCCAAUGGCAGCCUUGGAUUCCUUUUAGCAGAUGCAGGUUACGACGUCUGGAUGGGAAACAGCAGGGGGAACACUUGGUCACGAAGACACAAAACACUCUCUGUGACUGAAGAGAAAUUCUGGGCCUUUAGUUUUGAUGAAAUGGCCAAAUAUGAUCUCCAGGGAAUAGUAGACUUCAUUGUGAACAAAACCGGUCAGGAGAAGUUGUAUUUUGUUGGACAUUCACUUGGCACUACAAUAGGGUUUGCAGCCUUUUCCACCAUGCCUGAACUAGCACAAAGAAUCAAAAUGUAUUUUGCCUUGGGUCCUUUCUUCUCAUUCAAAUAUCCCACGGGCAUUUUUACCAGGUUGUUUCUACUUCCAAAUUCCAUAAUCAAGCGUUUUUUUGGUACCAAAGGUUGCUUUUUAGAAGAUAAGAAAGGAAAGGUGCUUAUUGCCAGAAUCUGCAACAAUAAAGUAUUAUGGGUGAUAUGUAGUGAAUUUAUGUCCUUAUGGGCUGGAUGGAACAAGAAAAACAUGAAUAUGAGUCGAAUGGACGUGUAUAUGUCACAUGCUCCCACUGGAUCUUCAAUACAGAAUAUCUUGCAUAUAAAACAGCUUUACCAAUCUGAUGAGUUCAGAGCUUAUGACUGGGGAAGUGAAGCUGAGAACAUGCAUCACUACAAUCAGAGUCACCCCCCUAUAUAUGACUUGACUGACAUGAAAGUGCCUACUGCUAUUUGGGCUGGCGGAAAUGAUGUCCUUGUGACACCCCAAGAUGUGGCCAGGAUACUCCCCCAAAUCAGGAAUCUCCAUUACUUCAAGCUAUUGCCAGACUGGAACCAUUUUGAUUUCAUCUGGGGCCUCGAUGCUCCUCAACGGGUGUAUAGUAAAAUCAUAGAUUUGAUGAAGUCAUAUCCCUAUAAGUACAAUACAUCCACUUUGCAGUUAAAAGUUGCUUCUAAGCCCAUAAGAGCCUUCAAGAAAAAAACUAAUCAACACUGAGGUCUACUCUGGCAUCCUUCACCUUGUUGCUGUUGCUGAGGUGUUCCUUUCUCACAGCAUCCCAACUAGGAAUUAUUUCAACUGUGCCACUCUGCUCUAGAAGGAAUGCAUGCAUCUGAAAUCUCAGAAUCUCUUCCCCUCAGUCAGGGCUAGACUCAGUUUUUCAUCCAAUGAUCUACUCUUCUGCACUGAAUGUACACUUGGGAGAGUAAUUAAAAGAGACUUUUUUGUUUCCUAUU